CUACACACGAAACUCAUUUAAUCGCCCCGACUGUGCUCCCUCCUUCGGCUGUCACUCCGUCGUUAGUCUCGACCACUGGGCUACACACACACACACAACAGUUGACAUCUCUGAAGGGACCGAUGUGUUUUCCUGCCCAGCCAUCCAUACUCGUUGCUUAACUUUGCAGCGCGACGCGUCCUCGAUAAGCAGCAAGCGCACUCGUUAGCCGCAGUGCUUAUUUCUGUAUAAAUGACGUUGGCGCGCCGCUCCUGGCUUCGUCACGUAUCCUCAUCGCUCGGGCUACGUCAACUCUGUUUACCGGCUGGCCGGAGCACAUCGGACGGCCCGCCACUCAGUCUGCGCUCUGUCCCUCCCGAGCUCAAGCUGCCGCGGAGCGGUGGGAAGCAGAUUCCAGAAGCUAAACAGGGUUGAGCCUGGUUAGUACUUGGAUGAGAGACUACCUUGUUUAGCCAGUUCUGCAGCAGUCAUGUUGAAGAUUAACAACCGCUUGCUGCAGGCGCAGCUGGCGAGCACACCUGUUUGUCACAAGGAGAGUGAAGAUGUGCAACAGGAACGGAAAGCCCUGCAACAACUGGCCACAAAUCUUCGGAAUGUUUGCAAGAUGACAAACGACAGCAUUUUCUGUGGUCUGCGAAUCCCUGACCGGUUUCAAAAAGUAAAGCAAGAAAUCAGUUUGGUUGUCCUCACAGGGAAGGGAAUCUUUUGUAUCGACGUGAAGAAUUGGGUGGGAGAGGUGAGCCGAGAUGGCAAGCACUGGCUUGUUAAGCACAAGGGGGAGGUGGCUGGGGAAUUCUCAAGAAGUGUCCAGCACCCAGACCCCCUGCUCGACAUUAAGAAAAAGAUAGAAAAUCUUUGGAAUUUCCUUGUCGAGAAAGGUGUGGGCAUCAAGAAGAAGCAGAUGUAUCAUAAGGUUAUCUUCAUUAAUCCCAAAUGCCAGUUAGAAGCUGAGUUACAGAAGCACGAGGAGGACGUUGUUGGGCCAGAAGAUGUGGACAGCGUCAUGCUCUGUUUUCAGGACUCAUACCUUACAAGUUUAACUGAUGCGAUAACACCGUACUGGAUAACGGGGCACCUUUCGUACCAACAGCUGAAGGAGUGUCAGAGCGCGCUGCGUGGCAUAGGCACGUGGGACGUAGUGGAGCUUCAGGGAGGCAUGCGUCUGCUCGGGGAUUACAACGGCUGCCCCAUGGUGGCCCUGGACCGCAAGGAGACGGAGCUGCUUGAGUUCUCCCACCAGAGGAAUGCCACCAUGGGCUACGUGUGGGCCAUUCUCGGCUACACCCCGCAGGUGACCGUGAGGAUGUUUGAGCGAGGCGGCAGGAGCUGGGGAUGGCAGCCGAGCACGGGCACCGCCGUCAUUCCCUACAACGCCCACAUCGUCUUCCGCGUGUGCGGGGAGGAUGCAGACGCCAAAAUCCCCGCCAAUGACAUUGACAGGAUCAUCCUGAGCAUAUGAGAUUGAUUCGGCGUAAAAAAAAAAAAAAUCAUAACCGCGGCGCAUUAACCGCCGCGAUGUGCCGCCAUCUCGGCUGAUCAAUUAACGGGAUUUGUGUUUUAACUAAUCGAAACAUAAAUCUCAUCAGCCCCAGGUCAGUGGACAUGAAAGGGUGCAACAUCACAACAUUAAUAUGUUUGUCUUUUACUUACCACACAAGGACAUUUGACUGGAAUACAGGAUGGAGAUUUAAUCAGACUGGCUUGAGGGCUGUUUGGCUAAUGUAUAUAAAAAACCUCAACCUCUUAAGAUAGGAAUAUAAAUUGGUGAUAAAUAUUUCAUAUCAUCUCACAAUAAGUGGUUUCAUUUUGAAAAAUAAUCAACGUAGCCAACAGCCCCGAAUGUUUAAAUGCGCACUCGUGAUUGAUUUUGAAAUAUAAAUUUUUACAUUGUUAAUCCUUCACGUGUAUUUAUAUUACAAGCUCAUAUAUUCUAUUAAAAGUUGAAGUAAAUGCAUGCUUUUUAAUUUUUCGUCAUGAAUUAUCUGUUCUUGUAAAUAUUCUGUGGUCUUCCGACUUAAGGUAUGUAUGGUUCAAUUAUCUCUAUCAACUUGAUUUGAAUUGCCAUGUGACUUAUAAUAUUAGAUUUGUGAAUCAAUAAGAACUAUAAUUCCUCUGUAAAAGAUUUGCAUACUUAUAUUUAUACAACAUUGCCAUGUAUUUCAUUUAAUGCCUUGAACUUGAAAUCGUUAAAUGCAUAGUAAUGUGUUGAAACAUGUAGGCUUGCAUGCUUCGAGUUACAUUGAGAUAUAGAAAAAGAAACCCAUGGAUUAGAGAACACAAGCAGGGCAAAGACAUUUAUUUUUCUAAGAAGUAAGUGGGCUUCGGCAGGACACUUUGCAAGAAGGAAUAGUCAAGGUUCAAGAAUAGUGACGGAGUGGCAGCCAAGAAGUGUAACACAUCCGAAAGAACGUCUGUCUCGGAGAUGGAGCGUGCAGGAGCUAGUUGGACUAUAUAAUCGCAGGAUUACGAGAGAUGGUGGUGGCUUGGAGAAGUCUUCAUCCAGCAGUGGAUUGAUCAUGGCUGAUUGGUGGCGCUAUAUCAUAGUUUUCAAAGGAAAAACACGAAUUGGCUUCAUUGCAAAUGAAGAAUACCAAUUGUGCAUCGCCUCUUCAGAUAGAUGGAGUCAUAUGGUUGUUAUUGUUGUUGUUGUUUUUUUCCAGCCCAUUCAUUCGAACAAAUAUUACUUCUGCGGAGCUGGAUCCCGUGUUCAAUGAACUAGAAAACCACUCGUGAAACUACUGCGGUUUCGUAAAGUUCAGUGGGUUCAAUUUCAGCAAUCUCUUAGACGUUGUCACUGAUUUUCUGCAUGGGGUUGUGCCUUACUCCUUUGCACAAUCUAUUAUCUUAAGGCACCAACAGUUUUUUUCCCCCUCCAAAUCAAACCUCAAGCAUGCAGCAUUGCUGCUGACUUGUGGUACCAAUCAGGCCGUAUGUGUACGGUAGUUUAGAGAAUUGUGGAUUUAUGAAUGUUGACAGUUGAAUUUUACGAUGAUCUUUGCCGUUACAAAUGGAAUUGCAUUCUCAUCCAAGCUCAGCGUAGCCAAUAAUGGGUCCUGGUUAAUGAGCUGACCCAACACUCACCACGGUAUUUCAGAAUGACCUCUGCGUAGCCCUUUGCGCUGGCUGACCUUAUUAUAUCCAUGUCUCUUUAGCCACUGAAAGUCAAGGCGAUCUUUAAAGUUAAUUACGUCUUUACUGGUAGCAAGAAAAUCAUCCAAUCAUCAUUACUGUUGUCAUCUGUAACGUAUCACCACUCAAGAGUAAAAUGUUAAAACGAAUCGGCUUAAAAUCUUUUAUUAAAAAAAUUGUCUCUGCUGAUUUUAAAAUUCCAUUUGUUUUUGAAGCACACCAUGAAACAAAAAACAGCUGCUAUCUUUAAAGUGUGCACAUAUUCUUGCUCAAUUCAAGAAACGUGCUAACUCUUGACUAAUACACCCUUCAGAAAAAAAAGAACUCAGCACAUUCGUCAGAAAUAUAUAUUUGUAAUGAGCGACGUUUUGGGCAAUGGCUCUUCUUCAUAGCACAUGAAGAAGGGCCAUUGUCCGGAACGUCGACAAUGAUAUAUUUUUUGGGUAAUUUCAGGCCACAGACUAUUGAUGAAUGUUUAGUUGUCAUUUGUGCAUGCGUAUCACUGUCAACGCAGCAUCACCACAUCAUUUAUUGCACCUUUAACCGUGCUGUUUGUUGCGAGCCGCGUGGCAUUUUGGGACUAUCGGGCCUCUUGGGCCCGUGCUCAGCAACGGUGAUUUAAAAGCAUAACAUACUAAAAUGUCCACACUGCAUUUUAGUUUCUUCACCUCCGCUUCGAAACCGAAACUCGCGCGCAGUUUUUUUUUCUUCUUUCCGUCCCCCUCCAACGUUCGCAAAAGACAUGUCGGAGGCCUCACAGUAAUUUGUGGUGAUGAAGGCCUCAAGCAAACAAUGGAAGUGCAUCCGAGUGUGGCUGUGUGGGUCGUUGCCGUGGAUCUGUGCUCGCUUCACCAUGCAAUCACAGCCUGUCGCCAUCUGUUCCAAACCGCUAUUCUUCAAUUUCACAACCUUGCUGCCGACGCGACGGCUUCCCAGUAACUCAUCUUUAGAGCGGCCGCUAAAUUUGUUCCCUCUAAGAGAAGGGGCCGCCGGCGCCAUUGCCGACGGUAUUUCUCUAUAACCCCUGGUAGUUGUUGGGUUCAGGUCAUCUAUCUCGCGAGCGGCCGCGGCUUUGAAUCAGCGGCCCCUUGGAGAUAAUGUACAAUGUGUGGAGGGGGGCAGACGAGCGUGAUGAAUGUGUUUUGUUGUUUUGUGAGGAAUUGUAUUAGCCCGAGUCAUGAUAGAUGGUGUCAUGAUGGAACACGCGCUAACGGAGAAUAAGAACAUGUUUUUAAUGACCGACAGAGAGAGAGAGCACUAACAUAUUUUUUUGUCUGUGACAGCAAACGAUGAUUCAAUAUUACAAAUAGAAAUUGCAUGAUUUUUUGUAUUUGUUUUGUUCAUGUACGCACUGUGCUAGCCCUUAAUUGCCUUGGAUAAGUCCAUUAAAGUGCUGUAAACCCAUUGAAAAACUGCCGCCAAUGCCUCCAAAAGUUCAUUUUCGGGUUCAAUUUUGAUGUCCUGCUCUGGAGUAAAUAACUCCACCAAUCUGCCGUUAACAACAGCUUGUGCGCUCUCUCAGCUAGCCACUCCACCGCUAUUGAGAACAGGAAGCCACUGAAAGAGGGUUGCCGCGAGAAGGACACUAAUGCACAUCGAGCCAGUUAAAUGUUCCGUCCGUCCAUUUCUGCCUCCCUCAAUCACGAGCUGUGCGCACAAGAUGUAGAGAGCACACCUCGUGCGAGCCCCCAAUGUGCCGGAGUCGCGAGCGCGCGGUACCUUUUUUUCACGAGACCCGUGAGCUUUGUUCAGCAAAUGGGAUACGCGUCUUAGCACUUAGCAGAUCCUCAUCAGCUCUUUCUUUGAUACGCGCACAAUGAGGGGGAAGAUGCUCCUCCAACUUACGUGCUUGCAUAAUGGCCGCGGUGGUUAGUGUAACGUGUUUACGUUUUUUUUUCUCUCCUGUUUCCUGCUAAAUGACAUUAGUUGUGCGGACUAUUGUCCGGCCUUAUUGCGAAUGUUACUCGGAUCUUCCUUUAUGCAGCACUUGGUAUGCAAGGCCUGAUCAAUAGCUGAAUGGUGUUCCGAUGCAUAUUUUCUUAUUAAGUGGUAUACUUGCAUUUGCUCUUGUGAAUUUGCUGCAUUUUUACUUAUUUAAUAAUAAUACAAUAUUUAAAUAACUCUUCAAGUAGGCCAAUUAAUACUUUUAAGCAUAUUUCCUUUUUUUAUCAUCGUCGUCC